AUGACGUCCUCGCAAAACACCACCAAGAAGGACGACAAGGCCGCGUCCGCGACCCAGGCCGAGCAGCAGCCGGCCGCGGAGCAGAAGCCGGCCCCGCUGGAGGAAGACGACGAAUUUGAGGACUUCCCCGUUGAUGACUGGGAGCAGGAGGACACAGAGGCUGCGAGCGGUGGCGGCGCGCCGCAGCGCCUGUGGGAAGAGUCGUGGGACGACGACGACACGACCGAUGACUUUUCGGCGCAGCUCAAGGAGGAGCUGAGGAAGGUGGAGGCGUCCAAGAAGCGGUGA